UGUCAAAAUGUGUCUUGUGAAGAAGUUAAUAUAAAUUUUGUGAAUCUUAUUUUUAUUAUAUUUACGUGUGAUGUUAUCUAGAAUGUACAAAACCGAUGCGGACAUACGUAAACGUCAAAUAAAUACAUUAAAAGUAUUCAAUGCAAAUGUUAAUGAGAUAACUGAAGGGCAAGAAUAUCAAAUAGUAUUCAAUUCUGGUGGAAAUGAACUGAUUUUAAAUAUUUUAUUGGGAAAUGAAUUUCCCAAAGAAAAACCUGUGCUUAAAAUUCAGCCAGUUGUGAUACAUCCUUGGGUCAAUGCAGACGGAGAAAUUGUAUCAGCUCCUGGAUUAUUAAAUUUCACAGUACAUUCUGACUUGGGCAGAGUUGUUCAGGCAAUUAUUAGAGAAUUUGAACGGACACCACCACCUUUAUUUACUCACUCUAAUAAGAUAUCUGCAUCAAUUCCAAUCAAUGGUUCAGAAAAAAGGAUUAGUCCAAGUUUUCCCACUUUACCUGUAAUGAGCAGCUUUUCUCCUCCUAGUCAUGUUCAAGCUAAAAUGUAUUUCCAGUUUCCUUCCUUGAAUAAGUUAAGUAUUGAAGAGUUACAGUUUUUAAAUGAUAAUGUAGAUAGACAACAAGAAUUUAUUGAGGAAAUACAGUGUAUCAGUGAUCAAAACAGAAUGUUGGAUGAGUGUAUUGCACAAAUUGAAGAAAUAGCAGAAGGGAAUUUAUCUAAACAACAGCAAUUAGAAACAUAUAAAGGCAAUAUAAAUCAAAGAAUGGAAGAAGUUGCAAAUUUGGUUUGUCAAACUGAGAGGUUACAUGGUAUUUAUCAAGCACUAUCAGACAAAUUCUCCCCUAGGAAAAUCCAAGAACAAUUAAAAAUAGAAGCUGGAAAAGCCGAAGUAGAUAGUGAAAGGAUUGCAGAAAAGUUUUUACAAGGGGAAAUUGAUGUAGACAGAUUUAUGAAUCAAUACAUAGCUUCAAGAAAGUUAUGUCAGUUAAGGAAGACUAAAGAAGAGAAGUUGGGUUACCAAUUAGAUAGUUUGGAGAAAGCUGGUUUUUAAUAUCUAAAAGCAUUAUUCUUAUUUUCUUUUAAUUGUGAUAUUAGGCAUUCUCUAUAUUAGGAAUUAAAUUUAUUUAUUAAA